AUGGUUAUUUUUAGGGUCCACCACAGAGCUCUUGCCUUGAAUGUGUUCAAUAACUGGGGCGCAGCAUUCCAUGGCACAAGAGUUGAUAGUGUCAAGGCAAUUUUGGAAUGCGGUGAUCUUCUUACACCAGGUGUGUCUUUGGGUGCCCAAAUGCAAAGUCCCCCUGCUAAUCAUCACUGUUUAUGUACGUGCUUCAAUGCAUAUGUUGUAGUUAUCUAAGAUAAUUUUUAUUUUUCCAUUGUUUUUGGCUAUGGUAUAGUGUUGCUAGUGAAUUUGAAACAAAGGAAAAAUAAAAAAUUAACUGAAAUAAUAAUAAAAACAAAUUAACUGCAACGUAUACAUGUAGGUGCUGUAGUUUGUUUAUCAAAGAUAUAAUUAUGGUGAGCGUAACACCAGACUAUAGCAAGGAAAUUCGAGGCCUCUUUUGCGUCUUCGUCUUUAUUGUAUCCUCAGCUAGAUGAGAUAACUCUAAACUCUCAGCAAUUUUGUAUUGUCAUAGCCUGCAAACCAGCUUGGAAAUUGCCAGUCUUUUUUUACCUGUGUUCAAGCCUCUAGUACCCAUGGCGUGUACAUCUCGCUAUACUGAAAUAAAAAGCUUUCUCUCAAGCUAGUAGUAUUGUAAUUUUUUUAAAAAGCUAUCAUUGCAAUGAAUCUUGUGUCUUUGCGCUAACCCCAGUCGAUUUUUAUGUGGGAGAUGUAGCGCUUGGAGGAAGAAAGCUAAACAAGGAGGAGGGACUUUUCAAUGACAAGAGAAAACCUUCGGGAUUUGGUACAAAGCAAAUCUUCGUCUCAUCGAGUAUACGCUACUCAGGACGUAACACCUACGCGAAACCUAAACGGUGAGCCUUUUUUGACUUUUUGUACUUGUUUUGCGUCAGGUCCUUGUUUAUAUCUUCGUUUGCAGUUGUUAUUUUACGUGCUCUUGUUCUGCAUACAAUAUUUAUGUAGUCACAUGUACCCUAUUGGUUGUCGAGAGGAGGCAGAGAAAUCUAGGUGAACAACAAACAAUAACAACAUCGACAACAAUACAAUUUAAGCAGUUAAUAUACAUUAUGCCACUUUCCUAUACCCUAUAGAUAAGGUUACUACUAUUCAUUCAAAAUGUUUCGCAGUUUUUUAUUAGCUCAAAUCCCCCGGCGAAUUCUUCAUAAGCAGCCGAUGUUUACUAAUUUUGAAAGAUACGAGCAAUUUGCCAUCCAUUGUAUAGUAUAUUUGCGUAGAAACGAGCUUGAUCGAAGGUAUAUUUUCUGACCACGAGGCUGUUUGGGCAAUAAUGAACUAAAAAAUGGUGUCGAUGACUAUGUGUAGACGAAAUAGCUGAAUUUCUGACUAAAACUGAAGGGAGGAAGUGCAAGAAUACGCAAAACAUGUUGCUUGAUUGAUGCUAUUUACUUUUUGAGGAGUAUCUCCAAGAAAAAAUUAUAUGUUUCUAUUCUGAAAACUUGCCGAGAUAUAUAAUAGGCUAAAGUUUUACAGAAAUACCACGAGGAGGUAAGCCUGUAAAGAGUUUAGAAAUAUUUUGAAUGAAGAAUAAAACAAUUUUUCAAUUCGCCAUUCGUGCAAUGAAGAAAUAUGCUGAUCUUGGAGACUGUUAGCCACUUCGGACGAUAGCAUUCUCCUCGAUCGGUUCAUCAUACUCAGCCUCUUUCAAUAACACAAGGGUAGAUGACUUGAAUUUCCUAAAUUCUACAUGAUUCGAUUGUCUUUUUUAAGUUUUGCUGCCGAAAAGACCAGUGUCAGGCUAAAUAUCUUUAAAAUCAUUUAUUAUUAGUAGCAGUCUUUUACGUACCAAUUAUUGCCAUGACGUCAUGCUAAUUGAACACCGCAGAUGGUUGUUUUAGAAGGACAUUGGUGCUUAAUUUUAUCGUCUUGAAAUUGCUAAUUUUUAAAACAUAUUUUUUUGCUGUUUAGUUUUCUUAACCCUGUGACGAAGAAGGCCUUUAAUGCCAAAGUUGUUCUUCAACUGUAUAUCAACCCUGAUAGCUAUAAGGUUGGACUACAGACAAUUGCUGCUGCCUCUGAGAUUGACCCUAAGUUUAGCAACCAGGAGAUUGAGUGGUUUACAAAGGAACGUGGAUCAUUAUUCUUGACGGACUGCUUGUUAAACUUGAUGAAGCUG